CUCCUCGUACGUCGCCGUUGCAAAAACCCCCCGCACCGCCGGCCGCCGUAGCUAGCCAUCGCGACGUCGCUCGCCGGCCAAAACAUGGCGUCCCGGAAGGCCGCCGUCGCCAGCCUCCCCUCGCUCCUCCUGAUCGGCGCCCUCGUCGUCGUGAUGGCGAGCCCGGGCGCCGUCGCCGAGGAGGGCGCAGCGAGCGCCCAGUUCCCUUCACCCGACAGCGCCACCCCGUCCCCGACCCCGGAGCCGUCGCCCAAGAACAGCAGGGCGGUCCGCGCCGGCAGCCCGGCCGUCUUGAGCCUCGUCGGCGCCCUCCCCUCCGCGCCCGCGCCCGAAGGCCCCGCUGCCACUCCACGUCUCCACCGCAGGCGCCCGCGCCGAGGCCACAGUGCCACACGCGCGCCCGAAGGAAUCUGACCAUAAAGUUCUGCUUAUUCAAGAUCGUCCUCAUUCUGUGCUGUUUGUUCGGUGAAUCCUAGAAGGACCAGGUGCGCUCAUCAUCCACUCUUCUUCUAUCUCGCUUACCACCAGCAAGGCAGCAAGUAGUAAUCCAUCAUGAGUUCAUGACACCAUUUUCUUCCUUGACGAUAAGGGGGCUGGGGAAUGAGCUGAUGAGGAGCAGGCUUGAAGCCUUGAAGGACGAGAUUCAUGAGGAGUUCAUCUUCCUUGAAGCUUAUAGUGGUGUUGCUAACCUAAGAUUUGUAGUGAUAUCUUUGCUGCUCUCGCCCUAUGUAUCAGUCUCGGUUGCUACUUUGAGGUAGCAGUAGCUGCCCUCACUUUAUGUAUCUGUCUCGGUUGCU